AGCAGUGAGUUCGCGCCAAGCAUGAAAGUUGAACCGCACUGACUGUCUUUAAUUCCGGUGAUUUGAAUUCAGGGAGAUACAUCUUCCAUACAGCUUUAGUUAUGUUUCAGGUGCUGACCAGUUCUGUCUGUGGCUUGACAGCCGGUACUUGUUAGGUUGCUUUAGCUAAAGAGCUCGUUUACUAAUCUGCUAAUGUAGCCAGAUAGCAAGCUGCGCGAGCCUGCUGAUAAACGAUGCCUCCCGUGACUUUGAAAGGGAUAAAUGUGGAUUUCCCUUUCACCCCAUACGAAUGUCAGAAGGAUUAUAUGAGCAAGGUGAUUGAGUGUCUACAAAACAAGGUAAAUGGGGUUCUGGAGAGUCCGACAGGCACGGGCAAAACCCUAUGCCUUCUGUGUGCCACCCUUGCCUGGAAGGACUACUUCAAAGACACCAUUUCUGCCAGGAAGAUAGCAGAAAAAAUGGGAGGAGCAGAGCUUUUCCCCAACACACCAUUGGCAUCGUGGGGGACCGCUGCAACAGAUGGAGACACAACAACUUAUUAUACUGAUAUUCCAAAGAUCAUUUAUGCAUCCAGGACACAUUCUCAGCUGACCCAGGUCAUUAAUGAGUUAAAGAACACUUCCUACAGGCCCAAAGUGUGCGUGUUAGGAUCCAGGGAGCAGCUUUGUAUUAACCCGGAGGUGAUGCGUCAGGAGAGCAACCACCUUAAGGUUCACAUGUGUAGGCAAAAGAUAUCCACCAGGUCUUGUGCCUUCUACAACAAUGUUGAAGAGAAGAGCAUGGAUAAAGACCUGGUGAACUCCAUUUUGGAUGUUGAAGAUCUGGUGAAAGCUGGCAACAAGCAAAGGGUCUGCCCAUACUACCUCUCACGUUCCUUGAAACAGCAGGCAGAAAUCAUAUUCAUGCCGUACAACUAUCUCCUGGACCCAAAGAGUCGCAGGGCGCACAACAUCGAGUUGAAAGGGGCAGUGGUCAUUUUCGACGAAGCGCAUAACGUGGAAAAGAUGUGUGAGGAGUCCACAUCCUUUGACCUCACGCCCUACGACCUGGCAUCAGCUAUCGAUGCUGUGGACAAGCUGCUAGCGGAGCAGGCCAAAGAGGCCGGGCGAGGAGACGUCUCAGAGGACUUCAAUAUGGAAUCCAUAAAUGGGGGUUUGAAAUUGGACAUAACCACCAUUGCUAAAAUAAAACAGAUACUUCUGGAUCUGGAGGCGGCCAUUGAUUCUUACGACGUGCCGGACAAGGGGAUCACCAAACCUGGAAGCUUCAUCUACGAGUUGUUCCAGACGGCUCACCUCACAUUUGACACAAGGACGCCCAUCUUUGAAGCCCUGGAGCAGAUCACUGGAUAUCUGGCUGGAAAACCAGGCAUAUUCAUGAACACAACUGGAUUACAGAAAUUGGCGGACAUAAUUCAGCUGGUGUUCUGCGUUGAUACACAAGAGGGCAACAAAGGUGCAAACAUGCCGCUCAACAUGCAAUCCAGCACCACUAAAUUUAAGGUCCAUAUCCAUAAAGACACCAGCCAUCAUCAGAAAAAACAAAAUACUGAUGUGUGGUCUUCAUCUUCCUCCAAAAAACAAGGAAAUGUUCUGAGUUACUGGUGCUUCUCGCCUGGGUUCAGCAUGCAGGAGCUGGUGAGGCAGGGCGUGCGCAGCAUCAUCCUCACCAGCGGGACCCUCUCCCCUCUGUCCUCGUUCACCUCCGAAAUGCAAAUUCCCUUUCCAGUAUGCCUGGAGAACCCCCAUGUGAUUCAGCAUGAUCAGAUCUUUGUCAGCAUAAUUGACCGCGGUCCAGACGGCGUGCAGCUCAGCUCAGCAUUUGACCGCAGGUUUGUCCCUGAAAACAUGGCAUCUUUAGGGAACACUGUUGUGAAUCUGGGCCGCGUUGUCCCUCACGGUUUGCUAGUGUUCUUCCCCUCUUACCCUGUGAUGGACAAGACUCUGGAGUUCUGGAGGGCAAACGGGCAUGCCGACCGCAUUGAAAACAUAAAGCCCAUGUUUGUGGAGCCCAGGGGAAAGGGGACGUUCACGGAGAUAAUUGAUGGUUAUUAUGACAAAGUCAAUGACUCUAAAUCUAAAGGGGGCAGCUUCUUUGCGGUCUGUCGGGGAAAGGCCAGCGAGGGCCUGGAUUUUGCUGACACGUAUGGCCGAGGGGUCAUAAUCACUGGCCUCCCGUUCCCGCCCCGCAUGGACCCCCGGGUCAUUCUGAAGAUGCAGUACCUGGACGAGAUGUGCAGGAAGAAGACCCCCGGGGUGCAGUACCUGUCGGGGCAGAACUGGUAUAGACAGCAGGCGUCCAGGGCAGUGAACCAAGCUAUUGGAAGAGUCAUUCGCCACCGUGAUGACUACGGGGCUAUCUUCUUGUGCGACCACAGGUUCAAAAGCACAGACGCACGUGCCCAGCUACCCUCAUGGAUAAGGCCCUACGUGCGCACUUACGACAACUUUGGAAAUGUGGUCCGUGACGUGGCGCAGUUCUUCAGAGUUGCACAGAAACAUAGGCCUCCUCCAGAGAAGAAGCCUGCAAAGGGGAGUUGUGGUGGGGCGGUACACUCUGCAGAUGCCCAGUGUGUCAGCGCCGGACCCUGCCACUCCUCCGAGAGCUCCACCAAGGGAGGUUUCGCCCAGAAGGCCAAAGUACUGGACUCCCACGUGCCCAGUCUGAAGAGGCGACGGCUGAAUGAGCAUGGCGGCAGUGAGGGGAACGGCAUGGCUAGGCUGUGCAUCGAAUACGAAACGGAGAUGGAGGCGAGCCGGAGGAGGCCGGCCGGCCUGCUAGACGCCCUGGAGCACAGCGACAGCCGCUAUGGAGAUGAAGACGAGGCCCUAGGGGGCGAGGAGAGGGCUAAUCGCAUAUCCACGCUGUCUCUUCAGUACGACAAGCGCGUGGAUGACGAAUUGCGUGGUGGAAAACGAAAAAUCAAAGUGGUCCAAGAACGGAAAAUCCCUCUGUCUCCUAAUGUGUCAGAGGGCAAAGCGGGGAAAGCCAAGUCGUUCCUGGCAGAAAUGAAAAGGUCGCUGAGUCAGGUGAAUUUCCAGCGAAUAAUGGCUGCCCUGCAGACGUACAAACAGAUGGAUGACCUUGACAAACUGCUGGCCGAGGCAGCCGACCUCUUCACCGGGGACACCAACACCUACAACCUACUCCGAGGAUUCUACCAGUUCAUACGACCCCACCACAAGAAGAGAUUUGAUGAGAAGUGUGUGGAGCUGACUGGCCAGGGCUGUGGCUACAAACCCGAUCACUCGCUCUCCAAGGAGGAGAAAGAAACGCUGAUGCAGAACGGGGCCAAGCCGGGAAAGCUGACGAGUGUUGCUGUUGCUUCUGAUUCAAGCUCCUCCUGCAGUCAGCUCAACGCCAGUCUGCUGCUUAAUAAAGGUGGCCAUCACCUUGGAAUCCACAGAUUGACUACAGAGGAGCAUUUGCCAAAGAAUAAAGUGCUUACAGUUGAUGAUCCUAAAUGCGAAGGCCAAGCACCAGUCCAGUCUGCUCAGAAGAGUCAAAUCUACGCCAGUUUCAUAGCGGAUGUGAAAAAAUCCAUUGGACUUGAGAAGUCCAACCAACUGUUCUCAGCUAUUCAGAGCUAUAAGAAGACCGACAACUAUGAUAGCCUGGUGGGCACAGUAGUGAGUUUGUUAACUGAGAAAAACGAAGACUUUAACCUCCUUAGCACAUUUGCCCUGUUCAUUCGGCCUCACCAUAAGAAACAGUACAAAGAGAUGCUGGAUGCCUUGAUAGGUGACUCCACAGGCUCAAGUGCUUCCUCUGAGAUUUCAGGCCAACUAAUAAAAGUUUCAACGCCUGGGAAAGCACAAAGGAAGAUCUCCUCUUUCUUUCCCAGCAGCCAAAGGAAAUGAAAGCUGUUGGAAAUGGAGCCUCUAAGAAGAAUCCACCUACUCUGAUGCUGCUAGCUUUUUAUUGUAUGGAAAUUGUGGUAAAAGGUGAGGGUUUUGUGGUGUUGUAAUAAAUGUAUGCAGAUUAUGGUAAUAUUUUCCCAACAUAUUUUAUUAUUUUUUUAUUAAACAAAUGUUGAUGUGAUUGUUUCUUUUGUUAUUAUAUCAUGUAAGAUAUUGAACCAAAUAUUAGGUUAUUUACCACACACAGUUGUUUUCUUAUCAGAAAGGCUUUGAUGGGUGCUAAGAGCUGCUUUGUCAACCUCCUUUACACAUAAUCAACUGAAAUAUGACAGUAUUGAAACUGUUAAGAGAGAAGUAGUGAACUGUUAAAUUAACUGUUAGACAUAACACUCUAAUUGCUCCUGAAGUAUACACGACUUGUUCACACGUGAGCACAUCAGGAUGGGAUAAAUUAUUGGUAUGCAAACAACCUAUGGUCUUGAACAUAUGUUGCAUUUCGUAUGGUAUAUAUUAAUUUGUGGAUGUCCAUUAAGUAUGAUAUGUUACGAAUUUGCAAAACGUACAAUGUUACGAAAUCGCGAAAAUAUUGCCCGAUUUCCAAUUUAUUGUGACUGAGGUUCGCUAGCUGGGGGGAGGGUUCGCAUAAACUGUUAAGGGAAGGAUUAGCUAACAUGCUAUGGAGUUGAAAAGUAGUAAAUAGUUGCAACGGCUGUCACUGAGAUUCGAACACAACUUUUGGGUUGCUAGACUUUCGCUUUAUACACCCGACCAAAUACCCGCCUUUUGUUUUUGCCUUAAGUAACCUGACUUAUUUAACCAUACCAAACGUAACAUAUAUUAAUUUGAGUGUCCCGGAUUUAUGUUUAAUAUGUGUAACACCAAAGACAAAACUGAUGUUGCGGAAGCGGUAAUUUUGCUCUUGUCAUUGGAAAGGGCUUCCCCGAGUAUUAGUCAUCAGCGAUGUAGGCCCUAUAAAUUCAAAGGCGAACAUGUUAACAUCAGUUGCUAGCUGACUAGAGAGAAAAAUGCAUCCGGUGAGUAUUAUUUCUCUGCUCAAACAUAGCGAGCUCUUCAGUGCCUAUGGGAAAUAAAUUGAUAUUAUUAGGCUAUGGUGUAGGCAAGGCUAUUUAACUCUUGAAGCUGAACGCCUCAAAUUAAAUAGUAAUUUGAUGGAUUUGGACAGUCAUAUUGAGAGACGUAGACCACACAAAAGUUAUGAUUGAUUCUAAAUGAUAACAUUACUCUUUCUUCCAAUAGCUGACAAAUUGUUUUCUGCCUCUCCUGGUAUUUGCGCUCUGUGGUGGCAGCGUGCCAGUGUCAGGCGCUCACACACCGAUUUAUAUCUGGAGAGAUGACGCGACAGGGGAUUCCCUUACGUGCGACCUAUGCGCUCCUGGAACAUACUUACUGAAGCAUUGCACAAAGGACCGCAAGAGCGUAUGCGGACCUUGUCCAAAGUCCCACUACACAGAGAUCUGGAACUACAUCGAGCGGUGUCAAUACUGCAAUCGUUUUUGCACGGCUGAUGAGAUUGAAAGCGUACCGUGCACCCAACUGCACAACCGACAGUGCGAGUGCAAGGACGGGUUCUACAUGACACAUGGGUCAUGUUCAAGGCACAGAAGCUGUCCACCCGGGGAAGGGGUCAUCUCUAAUGGAACCGCACACACUGAUGUGAAGUGUGAACCUUGCCCAGUGGGCUUCUUCUCUGCAGUGUCCUCCAGUAGGAAAACCUGUCAGAAGUUUUCUGUGUGUGCCCCAGGUCGCACCACUAUACCUGGCAAUGACAUGAAUGAUGUUUACUGCUCAGCAUGUACGAAUGGUUCAGGAACACAUGAAGGUGAAGCUAUCUGUGAUGGGGCGUUGAUGGAAUUCCUGGCACUGCAGAUCCUCACACCAAGAAAGGACAAAAGACUGGUGGCUGUGCUCAGGAGGAGUGCUGGUAAAGCCACAACCAAUAAUGCAACUGUACUAGACCUCCUCAAAACUAUUAAAAACAAAGCUGGCAAACAUUUUGCUUUUCAAAUCCGUGAUAUCCUGAACACAGACAGGCUGCUCCAUUUAAGAACUAAAGUCAACAAAUGGUUUCCUCAUAUGAAUUUAUAGGGCUAAUAGAAAUCACCACAUAUUGUAAACAGUUUAUUUUCUUCAUGUUUUUGUUUUGUAUCCAUUAUCUUAUUUUAUUCUUAUUUAUUGUUGUUUAUGCACCUUGUGGGUGGGGGCAAUGUUAUUUUUUUUUUUAAAUAGGAGAAGACUAGUGUUUUGUCGUUGAAUUCCUCAUUGUGCAAUAUAUCAGAAUAUAUCACUAUGUUGCCAAAAAAGGUCAAGACUUAUUUUCCUUUCAAUAAAAUGCAUUCAAAACGA